AUGUUGUCCUGCUUUGAUGAUGUCCGUCACAUGACAGACGAAAGCACAGCAAAGAUUCAACGGGGUCGCAGAGCGGUGCGCCGAGGACCUAUUCGCACAAAUCUACACUCACAUCUCCAAGGUAACUUCCCCUCCAGCCUCCGGAAGAACAAACUUAUGAAUGCCGUCUACUCGGCUCUUCAAACGAAAUUAAAGGUAUUCCAACAUGAAUCUAGUCAGGGAUUCUUCGGAACCAAGUUUUUCUACAUACCUACUUAA